AUGAGCACAAACGCAUACAUGGAGCAGCCCAAUUACCCUGCGCAUUACGCCGCCAUGCCAGAUCGAUCCGCGCAGGUCUUUGGAACCGAAUCGCAUGAGCCGCGUGCGCCGCGUCCCUUCGAGGCCACGCACACCGCAUCCAACGACCCAUACGCCACUGCCGCAGUCCCUGCUCAUCCGCAGCCAGGUGCCAUGGCGGAAGCCCACUCUCCCAUGUCAAGCUACCGUGGCAGCUUUUCGCACGCCUCUUCCAUGGGGUUGCCCCACCAUCGCCAGGACUCAAUCACCUCCAUCUCAUCACCUCACGACGUCAGCGGUGGUGGAUGGGCACCUUCUUCGCCCGGUCUGACCGCCAGCCGACACGCCUCGAUCUACUCGCUCAACGGCCAAUUUGACCAGGUUGGCUUGGGCAGCAGCAUCGACAGCGGCUCCACUGCCAGCCAUUUUUACGAUCAGUCGCCUCCUCUGCACGCACAGGUCCGCUACGCGCAGGGCCAGGCGGCAGACGCUCGCCGCUUCUCGCUCGAUGAGCGUGCCAUCCGCACACAGCCGCAGCUCGGCAAGUCUGGCUUGGUUUCGGCCGACUACCAGGUGCCUGGCGGCUCCUCGGGUCGUCACUGGCCAUGGGGCGCCAACUCGUCCUCUGCCAUCCACGGUCGUCACGCGUCCGUGUCGGCCGCGCCACCCCAGGGCUACGACCACAACCGAAUGGCGUACGGCGCCAACUCGGGCAUGCAGCCUGGCUACGGUUACGACCCCAACGCCAUGUCGCCCCGCUACCGGUCCAUGAGCAGCUCUGCUGCCAGCGGUCGCGGCUACGGCAACGCCUACGGUGCCCCUGGUACCGCUGCGCACGCUGCUGCUGCUAUGGGCUACGGAAUGGCGCCACACCUCGGCCCCGGUAUGAUGCUCGAUGGUGAUCUAGUUGGUGGUCCCGGUCCUGCUCGCCGGGCCAAGUUCAAGCGUAGCCGAACGGGCUGCCUCGUCUGCCGAAAGAGGAAGGUCAAGUGCAGCCAGGAUGGCACCCCAUGCAAGCAAUGCCGAAUCGGCAAGCGAGACUGUCACUACGACGACAGCCCGCAGAAGAAGAAGCCCGGUAAGAAGGAGCGAUCCGCCGGUUCGAUCGAUGCAGGCAGCUCGGACAAGGGCUCCAACGGUGUCGCUCCUGGUCUUGCUCACCUGGGCGCUGACCAGCAGUCCAACGGCCACCUCAGUUCGACCGACCCCUACUAUGCUACCAUGGGUGCGCUCGAUCACCGCGACUCGAACGCCAGCCAAGGCGGUGUCACCUUCUCCAUGCCCUUCCAGUCCCAGCCCGCCCCUGUCGCGACUCACUCGUCGUCGACCGACACGACGUGGGCAAACCCCUCGCCUUUUGCGCCUGGACCGCACGGUCAGACUCACACCGCGACGCACCAGGUGCCAGCGCACCAGGAUGGCUACGGCUGGCCCAGCAAGCAGGAGCACGACCCCACGCAGCAGGCACCUCCUGCGGCGUACGCUGACCCUUCGGUCGACCGCAACGCUGCCUACUGGAGCCAGCACCCGACGGCCUACGCACCUCGCACCAACAAGCUCGAGGUUUCCGAGUCGUAG